GGACUGCCCACAGUUGCGGUCAGAUUAGUCGACUAGUACGCUUCAUAUGCAAACUGACGGAGAAGGUUCUGCCUAUAAAGCCAAACGAGAGAUCCUAACUUUAGCCAGAGCACUCGAACAUAAAUCUCAAGGGGAAUCAGACAUCUCCAGAAUCCGUUGCUGCAUGUCAGAUGUGCAGUCCGUAACCCAGGACGAGCCCCGUUAAGAAUACAAAGAUAGAUAUGGAGAACGGGCAUGGGCGCCUGCAGCAGAUGCAGGAGAAUGUGGAGGAGGUGCGGGUCAUCAUGCUGGACAACCUGAACCGGGCUGAACAGCGCGACAGCGGCCUGAGCGAACUGGAGGACAGAUCCACCCAGCUCCAAGAGAAGAGCAAGGUGUUCGCCAAGACGUCAGGGCAAGUGAAACAAAAGACGAAGAAGGACUACAUAAAGUGCAAGGUGAUCAUGGGAGUGUCCAUCGCCAUCCUCAUCAUUAUCAUCGUCAUCGUCGUCCUCUCCGUCUUGAAAUACGGCAACAGUGAGAAAGACAAUUCUGGGCCAAAGGCAGCAGGAGAAGCAGAGACGCCAAAGCGAUGAUCUGACGUCUGCGAGAUGCUCCACCGCGAUGAAGUUGGCGCUCAAGAUGUUCAGGAAAUCAGUUUUCACUUUCGGUCAGGAAGCAUUUGUGCAAGACUGGGGACUUUCUGUGUAUGUGAUGUCGGCCUUCUGUGUGAAAUGCACCAGAGAUGUGCACCUUUUCACAGUCUGAGCUACCAAUGCAAUAAAAUGGUACUUGUACACACUCA